CUCAAAAUUGCUCCGUUCCCCACCCCAAGGGCCCGAGAGUGAAAAGCGGAAACCUAGCCAUUUCGCCCGCCGCCAUGGCGCCGCCGCCGGCGGAGUUCAUCGAGGUGCGGUGCGCGGGGUGCGGCGAGACGCUGGAGGUGGAGCCGGCUCUCACCGAGUUCGCUUGCCCCGACUGCAGUACCCAGCAGGCGCUCCCGCCCGAGCUCAUGCCGCCGCCCCCGCCUCGCCCGCGCCGGGCGCUUCCCAUCCCUGGCCGCGGACCCGCCGCCGCUGUGCCUGUCCCUGUGCCCGUGCCCGUGGCACCAGCCCCCGCGAGUUUGCCGUGCGCCGCGUGCGCCGCGCUGCUGAGCGUGCCGGCGGGCCUCGCGCGCUUUGCGUGCCCUCUCUGCGGCGUCGAGCUCACUGUCGACGGCGGGCAUCUCCGAGCAUACCUCGCCUCCCCGCCCCGCGCCACAGUCUCCGUCCUGGCGCCGCCCCCGGCCGGCAUUACUUUGAGUUCGAGGCCAUCCCCACACCGCCGUCCCGAGGGUCAAGUAGAAAAGUAUAAUCACCUGACUCGUACAAUUCACAGAGAGGAGACAUUCAGCUCUUCCAAAACAGGAACAAUCCACACUAUGUUGGCACAAAAAGAGCCCAGUGUCUAUUCAGCUCAUAGAGAGGAGUCACGUAUCGAGCCAAUCAAUAAGACCGUUGCAAAGUCUAGUGCGACAAAAACUAAAUUGCCAGCUUGUCCUGAAUCUACAGGUAUGGAGAAAGUACGACAAGAGCCUCCCAUACAUGCAAGCUGUGCCUCUUGGGCACAAGUUUGUUCUUCCAAUUAUCCAGUUCGUGCACAAGGACAGCGACCUGUAGAGGACUUCACAAGUCAUGGACAACAGAUAAACAAACAUCGAACUGUGCCAAGUACCAUCCAGCACGAAACAAUAGAGGCCCCAAAUCAAGCCAAUCGUGUUGAACAGGCCCAAGGUGACUAUCACAGCAAGUCAACUGUAUGGAAUCUGAAGAGGAAAAGGAGCGGCAAGAGUGCCAGUGUUCAGAAGGGGAAGCAGAAGGGCUUGACUAGUUAUCCAAAUGGAGGGGUCCAUCUUAGGCGUAGUACACGUUUGUCAAAGCAGCCAGAAAAUCUUAUCAACGAUGAGCCUGUCCAGCAGCCAGCUGCAUUGCAUCAGUGUGAUUCGGAUCCUCUAAACAUUGAUAAAAUCAUCUCCAAUCUGUGUUCCAGUCCAUUGCCUCAGCACCAAAUGCCUCAAGCAAGCUCAAGCCAGUCAGGCCAAGUUGAUGCAGCGACUGGGCCACCUCAAUCAAAUCAUGGUGCAUCUCAAGAUGGGCAAUUCCCACUCUGCUACAGUCAAUUGUACCCUCCGGAGGUCCCAGGUACGAGAACCUUCAGGUCGUACCACUAUCUGUCUCUGAGUUGCAUGAUCUGUGUUCCUACCGUGACUAUUAUUGAAGGCCAUGGCAAGGAUGCACCUCUCUCCAAAAUUUGUCCUCAGGAGGGUGCACAGAGGGGCAACUCUCUAUUAGGAUCUGUUGUGAAAUCGUCAGGGAAGCGCAGAGGUCGUGGACAUCAGCCUACAAGACUAAUCCAACCGCGAAGGGAAGUUGACAGGCCUGUCUUGACACCUAAUAUUAUUGACAAAUGGGAUGUCAACCCACCUUGCCCUAAGGUGGCCUCUACCAUCACUAUUCUUUUGAAGCAGAAGUACCCUGGGUCUACCUAUCUGCCAGCUGGUCAGCGAAGAGAAGUUCCUCCCAAUGGAGAAGUGGUUCUCCAGUGGCAACAGUAUCCCCCAGAAACAAGGGAUGCUAUUUUGAAUGAAUUUCUUCAACGCUACAAGUGGGCCCCUGGCCGAGAAGCAGAGUGUCUGAAGCUAUUUGAGCGCAGAGUAGCAAGACAAUUUGCUGGCAUCCUAUCUGAAGAGAAGCGAAAGGUUAGAGUGAAGUUUGCUGCACUAGACAAAUCUAAUGAAGCUUCAGGUGCACACAGGUCCAACAGACAUGCAGAGUCAGAAGAUGAAGAUCAAGAAGAAGCAGAGGACCAGGAGGCAUUAGAGAGAAGUUAUGACGAUGACCCAUUACUGUGGAAACGUUUCCCCCCUGCAUGGAUGUAUCCAAGUUGGUGGGAGAGGUUAUGUGAACACUGGGCCAAAGAAGAAGUCUUAAAGAUGUCUUCCCAGAAUAGGAAGAACAGAUACACUGGAGGCCGUGCUCAUCACACAUCAGGUUCACGGAGCAUUGCGAUGCAUAGGCAGAUUAUGGUUAUAGAAAAUGGUGGGGUGCCAGUGUCAGAACUAGAGGUAUUCAACAAGACCCAUAGGCGCAAUGGUGGCACAGGGGAAUUUGUCAGUGAGAGAGCAAAGCGAACUGUGGAGGGCUUCAAGAAACGUAUGGACGAGGCUGGUGAUAAGAUACACCCCCACCUUGCAUGGGUGCAGGAAGUAGGAGGUCGGAACCGUGGAAGGUACUAUGGGCUCACUGGUAUCAUUGACAAGGACAAGGUUGAUGAGUUAGCAAAGUCCAUGCCAAAUAGUUCUGAUAUAAAAGGGCACAGGCAGAAGUUCACGCAGGAGCAGGUGCAGCAGAUGAUUAACCAGGCCCUGCAGGGGUUAAAUGAAACCUGGGAAAAGAAGUUUAAGUCCUUGGAGAAAAGUUUGCGUGGCGUGCCACCAUUAGGUAUUGAUCCUGAGCAUGCCCCUGGAUCUUCUACAGCUAGAGAGGGAGGCCAGAAGGAUCAGUCAAGACAUAAUCAGGAUGCGUCAGAUGCGCAGACUGGGGAAAGCCACGAGGAGAACGAUGAGGAAGUGGUGUCUACAAGCGUCUAAAUUGCAUCACAGUGUUAUUUGGAGAUUGUGACAGAUGUUUGUGCGCCCAUCGUGCUCCAGAGAAAUGCUGAAAUGCACGGCUUUUCACCCAGGUGUCACUGCGUCAGGUGUGACUGUGGCUGGGCGCCCGCUUCGACGCUUUGACCGUCAAUGAUAUGGAGUAUCCCUUAGCUUGAUUACUAAAAGUUUGGAAAUUGUUGCUUGUAUUGUUUUGGACUUUGGAAAUUGUUGCAUUUCAACGAUGGAGAUACAUUUCGUUGCUUCGUGCAACAAAUGUACUGCAGUUUCUCUAAAAAAAAAGUGCCGACCUCGUUUGCAGCAUUUCA